CUAUUCAAAGUUCAAACUCUGACCCCACGCCCACCCCCAAAUCUUCUUCUCUAUUGCACUUUUUCAGUUUUCACAGUUCUUCUUCUCCUUGUCUUGGAGACUCGUCCCAAACCUAGCCAGAUAUGUCUGGGGUUCCUGAAGCUGAUGAAGCUAUUGGUUGUGGAAUUAAUGGAGCUGAUCAUGGAAAUGACAGCAAUGUUAUGGUAUUUGAAUAUGAUCAUGAGCAAAGAGAUCUGAGGGCUCUUGCAGAGUUGAUUUGUUCUGGAGAAAUUCCACCUAAGAUGGUUGAAGAUAUUGAUUUAAGGAAGUUCACGAAUAUGAGUACCCCGCUGUUUAAGCCUAGUUUUGAUAGGGUAGAAAGUGAGUGCAUGAGAGUGUAUGAGGAGAGGAAACUGGAAAUUAAAGAGUUCUUGGGUGAUUUGAAUGGACAGAUUAGCCUCUCGGUGGACAGAUUGAGGUACAAAACUUACCGUUUCUGUGGACACUAUUUGUGCCUUUCUGCUAGUUUUAUUGACGAAAAUUGGAAACUGAGGAACUGGGUGCUUUAUUGCCAUAGUUUAUCAAAUCCACUUGAUGAUUUCCUUAAGGUGCUUGAAGGUUGGGGAUUUGGGAACAAGGUAUCCACACUAACAAUGACAAAUGCUGAUCAUGGGGAUUGCCCUGAAUUGAUUGAGUUUGUGGAAACACACAUCCAAGAAAAGAAGAAACUUGAAGUAAGCCGUCAGCUGGUUCAUGUGUAUUGUUGUGGGGAAAUGAUCAGUCAAAUGGUGCAGGAUGCUUUUGACAAGAUUAAGGACAUUAUAGACAAAGUUCUCAAAUUGUAUUCUACAAAAUCAUUACCCUUGUGGUAUCUCACCAACUCCAAGCUAAAGCAUGCUGUUGAAUUAUGGUCUAAGGGAGAGUUCUCUUCAAAAUAUGUGACUGAUUCAAGUGAUGUACCAUCCCCGGAAGAAUGGAAGAAAGUUGAGGGUGUUUGUAAGAUUGUCGAGAGCAUCUAUGAAGUAUCAAGUGCUUUAUUUGAAUCAAAGCCCUUAACAGCUAAUGUCUUUCUUUACCACCUGCAUGAGCUCCGAGACAUUCUGACCCAAAUAUCCGCUACUGACUCCGGUAGUUUUAAUGGAUCAAUAGUUGAAGGCAUGCUGACAAGAUUUGAUAAGUAUUGGAAUGACAUGUUCAUGUUGUUGGCAAUAGCUUCAGCCUUGGAUCCUCGACUGAAAUUGAAAUAUGUAGAAUUUGUUUCUAUGAGACUCAAUGGUAUGGAAGGAAGCUUACAAGUUGCGGAUGUUUUGGGGGCCAUUCACAAACUCUAUGAUGACUAUCUGAUCCGUUUUCCUGUAAAGGAAAACUUCAUGUGUUACUCAUCUUGUUCCGGUUUAGAUACUGAAAUGGAGUCUUCUCCUCCCAAACAAGUGAACCAUACUCUUAAUGUGUUGCAAGACUACCACCAGUUCAUCCAAUUGGGUAUUCAGUCUACCAAAAAAUCAGAGCUGGAUUGCUAUCUCGAAGAACCUGUGAUACAUGAGAGUCCAGAUUUCGAUGUACUGACUUGGUGGAGCACUGCUGAUGCCAAGUAUCCUACUCUCUCUAGAAUGGCACGGGAUUUCUUGGCCAUUCCAGUUUCUCUGGCAACUUCAUAUGAAGCAUUUUACUCUAAACCAAGGCCAGCUGAUGAAAGUUUAGUUUGUUUGAAGCCUGACUUGAUGAAUGCCUUAAUGUGCACUCGUAGCUGGUCUUGUAAGCACUGAAUGCUUACAGAUGGCUUGUACCGGUACCUUUUGGCUUUUUGCUGCUCCUGCCUGGCAUGUGAUUGCUCUUUUUUUGGAAGGCUUGGGAUUUGGGAAUCAAUAUACUUGAGCAUUUGGCAUGGAAAUCAAGUUUGUUACUUUUGAACUUCAUUAAGGAGAUUGAAGAUCCAUUUUUGUAUGAAGAAGAUGGAAAAUGGACAUGAUGGAAUAUGUUGGGCAAGUUUAUCCUACCGUAAUUGUCUCGUCACAAGGCAUUCUUGAUUUGUCAUGUAUCAUCCUUCCUUUCGUGUCCUAUUUUCCUUCUGUUCCAAGGCUUAGGUUGAAUUUCUUCUAUUCCAAUCCCAACCUUUCAAGUUUCUGUGAACAACACCAAUGGUCUUCACCAGGCAUGCCACACAUUGGUCUCUUAUCUUUCGGAUCAAACGAGUUAAAUGAAGUAAGACCAGAAUGGAAAGGUUCGACGAGUUUACAAGAUGAUUUCAUCCUGGGGAGACAGCAAAGGUUGAAGGAGAAAAAGGAAAAAGAGAUAGAGAAGCCACGUGAUCAUUUGAAGCUAGCUACGUGUACGGCUAGUCCGCAAUACUUUCCCGCUAAAAUUCAGCUCCUAUCUCCUCUGUUUCCCUCACUCGAUUCCACUUCUCAAAUCUCAACUUCCCCAAUUGAAAACCCUAGGCACUCAGCUCUCUCAUCUCGGGCGACUCAUUCCAAACGAGAUAUGUCUGGCACUCUUCAAACCAUUGAAUCUUUUAGUUCUAAACGGAGAGGAGUAGGUGAAUGUGAUCAAGAACUGGGGGACAGCGAUAGUGACAGCGAUGAUAUUGGUGAAUUUUCCUUCCAGUCCGAAGCAAUGCUUGAAUAUGAUGAGCAAAAUGGUUUGAGGGCUUUUGCAAAAUUUGUUUGCUCUACACAGGUUCCACCUAAGAUGGUUGAAGAUGCUGAUUUUAGGGAGUUGGCACGUAGGUUUAACCCCUCCAUUAACAUUAGCGUCAAAAUGGUUGAAAGUGAAUGCUUGAUAUUCUACGAGGAAAGCAAAUUGAGAAUUAAAGAAUUCUUGGUGAAUUUUGAGGGACAGAUUAGCCUCUCUCUGGAGAUAUUGAAGUACUAUAACUACCGUGAUUACUUGUGUCUGUCAGCACAUUUUAUUGAAGGGAACUGGAAAAUGAAGAAGUUGGUACUUCACUUCCGCUCUGCUUCGGAUCCUGAAGAUAAGUCAUCUGAUAAUUUUCAUUGUCGAGAUUGGGGAAUUGUGAAGUUGCUUGAAAAUUGGGGUAUUAAGGAUAAAAUAUCUACUUUUAUUAUGACUAGUGGUUAUGGCAGUGUGGCUGAUUGUUUGGAAAGUCAAAUCCAAGGAAACAAGGACAUUGCUUUGAAUGGUUGUCUGUUUCGUCGGUUUCACGUGCGUUGUUGUGGUGAAAUGGUCAGUCUAAUGGUGCAGGAAGCAUUUGACAAGAUUAAAGAUAUCAUCGACAAAGUUCGAGCAUUGUCUUUGUCUGCUAAAUCCUUACCCUUAUGGAAUCACACAAUUUUUGAUCUACAGCAAGCCCUGAAGCUGUGGUCUAUGGGAGAAUACUCUACAAAAGAAAUGACCAAGCACGAUAAGCCAUGCCCAUCUCCUGAUGAAUGGAAGAAAGUUGAAGGUGUAUGCAAAAUUGUAGGAAGCAUAUAUGAAGUAUCAACUGCAUUAUUUGAGACAAAGCACCUCACUGCUAAUGUUUUUCUGUAUCACCUUCAUGAGUUUCACGAAAUACUGACCCAAAUGACGAUGCAGUCGGAUGGUUUUAUCAGGACAAUAGCUGAGGCCAUGUUGAAAAGGUUGGCUAAAUAUUGGGAUGAGAUGUUCUUGCUGUUGGCAAUUACUGCAGCACUGGAUCCUCGGUUUAAGAUGAAAUAUGUAGAAUUUGUUUGUUCAAAAGUUAAGGGUGAUGCAAACGCACAAGUUUUAGCUGUUUGGGGAGCCAUUCAGAAACAGUUUGAUGCAUAUGCGAUCCUUUUUCCUGAAAAGGAGACCUUUCCGAGUGAUUCAUCUUCUUCGGAUUCAGAUUCAGAAGGGGAGUCUCCUAUUCCCUGGCAAGUAAAUCAUAUCUUUAGUGUGUUGCAAGACUACCACCAGUGCAUUCAAUCGAGUAAUCAGCCUACCCAAAAAUCAGAGUUGGAUUACUACUUGGAAGAACCUGUCUUACCUUGGAGUCAGAAGUUUAGUGCAUUGACUUGGUGGAAAACCACCGGUGCCAAGUAUCCUACCCUCUCCAGGAUGGCACGCGAUUUCUUGUCUAUUCCAAUCUCUCUUGCAACUUCAUAUGAUGCAUUCUAUACCGAACCAAGGCCAGUUGAUGAACACAUGAUCCGCUUGAAGCCGGACUUAGCAAAUGCAUUGAUGUGUACACGAAGCUGGUACCGUGCACUGAAAGAGUAAUAACAGUUGAUGGAGAACUCGUACUUUGUGGCCUUCUGCUGCAUUUGUGAUUGAUAGCUCUCUUCUGCGGGACGUGGGAAUCGGUUUAGUCGAGCAACUCACAUGGACGUCACUUUUAUUGUUACUAUUGAAUUCCAUUAGGGAGACUGGAAUGUUAUUUUUGUUUCUGUUUAUCUAGGACAUGAGGAUGAACUAUGAAGACACUCGAAUUUUCGUUGGCACAAUCCCACAUAGUGCUUCAUCGAUCUGCUUUUAAUUUUGAUCAAAAUUGUCCUCUAAAUUUCCUUUUUAAAGCAAAAGGAAAAAACAUUGUUUUUUUUUUUUUUUUUGCAGACAAACAUGAACUUCAUUAAAAGAGCAAGCAAACGAAUAGCAAAAGAACCUGAGCAAUAAAAUCAUGUUGCUCUUCUUCAUGGUUACU